AUGAAGACGACGCGCAGAUGCAGGACCCUUCUGUCGGUGGGACUCAACUUCUUCGCGCUCUUCUUCUCCAUCACGGCGUUCAUCACCACGUACUGGUGCGUGGGGACGCAGAGGGUCCCCAAACCAAAGUGCAGCAAACUCAGGACGCAUCAGUGCAUUGACUACGGAGUGAACGAGACCGACCCCAACAAAGUGGUGUACAGCUGGGAGACCGGGGACGACCGCUUUCUCUUCCGCCAGUUCCACACCGGGAUCUGGUUCUCCUGCGAGGAGAACAUCCACGAUGAAAGUGAAAGAUGCCGGAGCUUCAUUGACUUGGCUCCUGCUUCAGAGAAAGGGAUGCUGUGGCUCUCACUGGUCUCAGAGAUGCUCUACAUUGUGCUGCUGGUGGUGGGCUUCAGCCUCAUGUGUCUGGAGCUGGUGCACUCCAACAACAUCAUCGACGGACUCAAACUCAACGCGUUUGCUGCUGUCUUCACUGUGCUCUCAGGUCUGCUGGGGAUGGUGGCUCAUGUCAUGUACACUCAGGUGUUUCAGGUGACAGUGAGCCUCGGCCCUCCUGACUGGAGACCCUACAACUGGGACUAUGGCUGGUCAUUCUGUAUGGCGUGGGCCUCCUUCACCUGCUGUAUGGGCGCCUCAGUCACUACUCUCAACUCUUACACCAAAACAGUCAUCGAGUUCAGGCAUAAGCGCAAGACAUUUGAGCAGAGCAUUCGCGAAGAGGAUGCCCGAGAGGCGUUUGGAUACUUCAGAGAACAUUCAGUGCACUCCAUCUCCAAAUCUGUGGAGGUCUACCCCAGUCAGAGCAGCCAGAGCGUAAAGAGUGGAAGAAGGACCCCCAUACCAGCACACUCUCCGGACCUGAGCGAGCGGGGCUCCUUAGGAGAGGAACAAUGUUGA